AUGCCAGGCAUCCGUAAACUGAACUACAACGAGCGCGCUCGCCUUGAGAAAUGGCUGCAGAACGAGGACAUCACCCUGAACCCCCGUUCGCGUCGCGACACAUACUGUGAUGUGCGAUCCGUGGCAGAGAUCCUCAAGAAGUGGCAUCCUUCCAUAGAGCUGCGCCGCUAUACUGCAGCCAGCAGCUUCACUCGUCGGCUGCAGAACUGGCAAGUGUUCUCGUUCCGCGAACUGAAGAAACUGGGCCUCCGACUAAAGACGGAGGAUCUGAAACAGCUGGCCGAAGGCAGGCCAGGAGCAGUCGACUGGCUGCUGUUCAGCCUUAUUGGCAAGAAUCGAUAG